CCGGGUCACCGUCUCUGGCGCCCCUAAUGCAACCACUCUUGAGGAAGGUCGGCAGCACCGGCCCAGCCAGGGAGAAAGGGUGCUGCUCGUCCCGCUACAGGCGGCAGGCGCCAGAGUGAGGUGCCAUUGGGCUGAGGAGUGGUGAAGGGUCAACUGCCACGUACGAGUUCAAGUGCGCCGCUCUCGGACCGGCUGACGGCAGGCACCGGGAGAGCAACGGGGCUUGGGCUCGAGGCUUCGGCGAGACGACGGUGUGGCCGGUUGCCCGCCCGCCCGCCAGCGCCCCAGUGUCACGCUCACCCGGGUCCCUGGCAAGCUUCUGGCCUGUACUCGACGCUCCAGACCCGGAGGUUCCCUCCUCACCGCGGUCCCUGGGGCGGUGCCCAAGGCGGGCCAAGCGUGACGAGUGGGAACAGGAGCCAGUGAGAAGCGGGAUUCUCCAGGCAGAGGCGGGCCCUGGGCGGGUCCUUCGGCCGGACCUGCGGGGGCGGGUUGUUGGAGUUCGAGUGGGACCCGGGACGCUGGGUCCCUCGGACGUGAGGACGCGCGCCCUGCAGCCCGGCCGUGGAGCAGCUGUGGCAGGAUUAUUCAAGAUAGCCAUUUUUAACAAGGAUCUGUGAACUAAACUUCUCUCUUUUUCGAAAGAGAUUUCUAAGUUAAACAUGAAGAGGAAAUAUUGGGACCACUUGGAUUCUGACAGGAUAAAGAAUACAGUAUUUCACAGCUACUUGUAAUGGAACCUUUGUGAAAUUCAGCAAUUGUCAUGCACCCAACUGGGAACAUGGAUGUUGGUUUCUCCCGUUCUGCUGUUCAGACACUGUCAAGAAGCCACUGCAAAAACAUCAAACAAAAAAUUUCUCAAUGGGAAGGAAGGGCCAAUGGUGUAUCUAACCCAGUGAAGUGGCAUCCAAAGGACUUCGGAGUGAAAUAUAGUAACUGUCACCAAGAGAGCUUUCCUAAGAAAAGUACUGUUUCUGAGGAACAGAGCAAAGAGCUGGACGUAACCAACUCUCAGGAUGUGGGACUGGAUUUGAAUGAAGAUGCAAAAAGCUUUGAUCAAAGCGAGGAGGAAAGCGAGACACAUGAACUUAGCACACAUUUCUUGAAAAAUGCAUCAGAAUCCAAUUGGGUAUGUUCUCGUGUGAAACAAAUUGAAAGCUGGAAAGAAGUGGUUUUACAUCCAGACACUUCCUUACCUCCAGGAAACCUCUAUACCUCGCAGAUAUUGUGGAAGAAAAUUGAAUCACUUCCUCCCAAUAAAAUCUUAAAUUUGGCUUUAGAGCGUUGUGACUCUUCUGGAAAAGAACCUCAUUUCAGGGUUCUGGACAGUUCAUAUGGAAUUACUAAGAGCUUAGAAAAUAUUUACUCUGAACCAGAAGGUCAAGAGUGUGGGUCUUCUAUAAAUCCUUUGCCAAAACCUCGUAGGACGUUCAGAUAUCUGUCUGAAUCUGGUGUUAUGCCAGGUAAAGAAAGAAACUGUGAGAAAAAAUACUGUGAAAAUAAUUCUUGCACGGCAUCUUCUUUGGCUUCCUCUCGGGACCCUGAACCAAAGAAAUAUGGUGGAAAAAUCAGAGGGCGAUCUAAAAGGAAAUCCUUUGAAUUUGAGGAUAUUCAGCACUUUCGAAAUCGGAACUCACAGAAGAUUCAUGAAGAACUGGGAAGAAAUUCUGGUUCAGCACUUUAUUACACGCAAUCCGAGGAUAAUAUCUAUGAGGAUAUCAUAUAUCCUGCCAAAGAAAAUCCCUAUGAAGAUAUUCCAGUGCAGCCUCUACCCAUGUGGAGAUCCCCUUCAGCAUGGAAGCUGCCACCCCCUAAAAAUGCUUUCAGAACACCCAAGCUUCCUCCCAAACCCCUGUUCCUGCACCGGAAAACAAUGGAACUUAAGAACUCGCAAGCUUGUUUGCGGUCGAAGCUCACCAAGGAUACCACUUUGCCUGUCACAUUAACUGAAUGGAAGCUUUUCAGAGCUGGGAACGUUGCAAACAGGAAAAGGAGAAAUCUUCCAAGGCUUGUUUUGAAAAUAGAUGAUAUAUUUGAAUCUAAGAGAGGGAAGAAGAGGAUAAAGUUACAUCCUUACACUGGAAAAGAGGUACCUUCUUCAAAAGGUGAAACCAGUGGGAACGAAAGUGAUGCCGAGUAUCUGCCAAAGAAUCGCCACAGGCGCCUAGUACAACUCCAGCAGUCCUCCAAAAGGAACCCUCACUACCAAACCUUGGAGCGGGAUCUCAUUGAACUACAAGAGCAGCAGCUGUUUGAACUUUUUGUAGUGGUGUCUCUGCAGAAGACGCCAUCGGGAAUCAGCUACAUUCCCCAAGUCAUUCAGCAGUUCCCUGGCAAGGGUGAUCAUGGCUACAAGCAAUCCAAAGACAUGGAAGAGAGGCUCAAAGUUAUCCCCAAAUUCUGUUUUCCUGAUUCCAAGGACUGGGUGCCAACCUUAGAACUCAAGAGUGAAACCUUCUCCUUUGUCUUGACUGGUGAGGAUGGCAGCCGGUGGUUUGGUUACUGUAAGAAGCUCUUGCCAGAGGGAAAAGGAAAGCGACUCCCUGAGGUGUACUGCAUGGUCAGCCGCCUGGGCUGCUUCAAUCUGUUUUCAAAGAUUCUGGAUGAGGUAGAGAAGAGAAGAGAAAUGUCUCCAGCCCUUGUUUACCCAUUCAUGCGAAGUGUCAUGGAAGCUCCUUUUCCAGCCCCUGGACGCACCAUCACAGUUAAGAGCUACCUCCCUGGGGCCGGAGAUGGGUCUAUUGAGCUUUGCCGACCACUGGAUUCCCGAUUGGAGCAUGUUGAUUUUGAAUGCCUGUUUAAGUGCCUGAGUGUGUGUCAUCUCAUCCGGGUCUGUGCCUCUCUCCUUCUAGAGCGGAGGGUUAUCUUUGUUGCCAACAGCCUAAGCACACUGUCUAAAUGUGGCCAUGCUGUGGUAGCCACACUGUACCCCUUCACCUGGCAGCAUACCUACAUCCCAGUUCUACCAGCAUCCAUGAUUGACAUUGUGUGCUCACCUACUCCAUUCCUGAUUGGAAUCCUCUCUUGCUCCUUACCACAGCUCCAGGACCUACCCAUUGAGGAGGUGCUGAUAGUUGAUCUCUGUGCAGACAAGUUCUUACAGGAGGUAUCUGAUGAGGAUGAAAUUCUGCCAUCUAAACUUCAAGCUGCCCUGAUGCAGAUUUUGGAAGAACGAAAUGAAAUCUUAGCUCAGGAGCAGAGCUUCUCACAAACAGAUGUGACACUUGACUCUCUGGUAUCUGAAGCAUUUGUUCGAUUUUUUGUGGAGCUAGUGGGACAUUACUCUUUGAACAUGACUGUCACCGAGCACGGGGAACGUGUAUUCCAAAGGGAGCCAUUCCGGAAGUCCCACACCUCCCGAAGUGUACGCCACUUCCUGGAUCUCUUCAUGGAGACUCAGAUGUUUGCAGGAUUCAUCCAGGACCGAGAGCUGCGGAAAAGUGGGGUUAAAGGUUUGUUUGAAGUUCGGGCCCAUCAGUAUUUGGAAACAAUUCCUGAGUCCGAGCCCAGUGGAAUGAACAGAAUUUUGCGAAGUCUCGGAAGUAAAAUGAAAUUUCUGCAGAAGAAAUGAAAUUUUGGUUGACUAUCUCCAUCCUAAAUAGAACAGCAAGUGCCAAAGAAAA